GACCAAAUGAAAAGGAAAAAGAAAAGGAUGUAGACAAGCCCAAAGAAAUAUUUGUCAUUAACCCUGCUGGAAAUAUUUAUUACAACUGGCUUUUCAUCGUAACAUUGCCAGUCAUGUACAACUGGACCAUGAUUAUCGCUAGGGCGUGCUUCGAGGAGCUGCAGCACAACUACAUCCUUUAUUGGGUUUUAUUGGACUACACCUCAGACCUCAUCUAUCUGGCUGAUAUGCUUGUCAGGACGAGAACAGGUUACCUUGAGCAAGGCUUGAUGAUCAAAGAUGAGAAGCUGCUCCGCGAUCGCUACGUCGACAGCUUCCAGUUUCGGCUGGAUGUCAUCUCCAUGUUGCCCACUGAUGUUCUGUAUUUCUAUUUGGGUCUGGACUACCCAGAGAUUCGCGUUAAUAAGCUUCUAAGGAUUGGUCGCAUGAUGGAAUUCUUCACAAAGACGGAGACUAAAACCAACUACCCCAACAUCUUCCGCAUUGCAAACUUGAUCAUGUACAUCCUCAUCAUUAUCCACUGGAACGCCUGCUUCUACUUUUCAUUCUCCAAGUCGAUUGGUUUUGGGUCAGAUGAAUGGGUUUACCCAGCUCUUGAUGAUCCGGAUGAGCCUGAGUUUGGCCAGCCCAUGAGGAAGUAUGCCUUCAGCCUCUACUGGUCCACAUUAACCCUGACCACAAUCGGAGAAACGCCACCACCAGCCCUCGAUUCGGAGUUUAUCUUCCAUGUAGUGGACUUUUUAGUUGGGGUUCUCAUCUUUGCCACAAUUGUGGGAAAUAUUGCAACCAUGAUCUCCAACAUGAAUGCCGCCCAAGCCCAGUUUCAAGCUCGAAUUGACAAUAUUAAACAAUACAUGCAGGUCCGAAAGGUCAGCAAGGAGCUGGAAUUGCGUGUCAUUAAAUGGUUCGACUACCUGUGGAACAAUGGCAAGGCACAGGAUGAACGCGAGGUAUUGCGGUAUCUUCCAGAUAAGUUGAAAGCUGAAAUCGCCAUCCAAGUUCACAUGGACACGCUCAAGAAAGUUCGCAUAUUUGCUGACUGUGAGGCUGGCCUGCUGAUCGAGCUGGUGCUCAAGCUCCGGCCUCAGGUGUUCAGCCCUGGCGACUACAUCUGCAAGAAGGGCGAUAUUGGUCGUGAGAUGUAUAUUAUCAAAGACGGAAAGCUCGCAGUGGUUGCCGACGAUGGCGUUACUCAGUUUGUGGUGCUGGGAAGCGGUAGCUAUUUUGGUGAGAUCAGUAUCCUUAAUAUCAAAGGCAGCAAAGCAGGCAACAGGCGGACAGCCAACAUUCGCAGCAUCGGCUACUCAGACCUCUUCUGUCUGUCUAAGGAUGACCUCAUGGAGUCGCUGGUGGAGUACCCAGAUGCUAAAGGCAUGCUGGAGGACAAGGGCCGACAGAUCCUAAUGAAAGAUGGCCUGAUUGACUUAGAUCCCGCUAACAUCAAGCCGGAGGCCAAGGAGCUGGAAGAGAAAGUCAACAGGUUAUACGGUACCAUGGAUGUGAUGCAGAUGAGACUGAAGAAGAUUCUGGAGAAAUACAAGAAAACUGAUAAGACUCUGUGGCAUCGUAUCAAAGACCUGGAGCUUCUGACAGGAGAAGAGAUAGAAGAUGAUGAUGAGGUGGAGGAGGAUGUGAAAAAAGAGGAAGUUCAAGUGGACGAGGAGAAAAGUGAAGAUAAAGGUGGAGUGGAUGAAGUAGACAAAGAGAAAAGGGAAGAUGAGAAAGAAGAGGCAGAGAAGGCCGAAGCAAAGGAUGAGGAAUAAAAAGAGCACUAAGAAGAAAAAAAUAAACACAAAACAAUUUUCUUUGUGAAUAGAGCCUUGGACGCAAGCAUAUUAUGUGUCAUCAGAUCUAACAACAAAGAAUAACUGAACAUGCUGAUGUUACCACGGAAACACAA